AGUUGACACCUCAAAAUCUCUGAACGACCGCGGUGGACCCCGACGGCGACGGGUUGCGGGUGAAUCGGUGAUUUCUGGUAGCAAGAUUUUGCUUCGAAGCAGUUGGAACGACGGAAUUUGAAGCGGCGGAGGAGCCAUGGAUAAGAUGAAUCAGGCGUUUGAGAAAAUGAAAAUGUUAGUAGGAGUUGAGGCGGACGAAGAACAUCAAGCUACUACUGCUACAAUGGAUGACGGUUCCUCUUCCUGGUUUAUGGACGAUUUCAACCGCAACUGCACGCUGUCCACCAAACAGGUCGAUGCUAGUUUUCUUCAAGCCAAUUAAAUUUGGAAUAGCUUUCACAUUGGGCAACUUGCUGUCACUUGGAAGCACAGCAUUUCUCGUUGGCCCCAAAAGGCAAGUGACAAUGAUGCUUGAUCCUGUUCGGAUUUAUGCGACAGCCAUAUACCUUGCUAGCAUGAUAUUCGCUCUUUUUUGUGCUCUCUAUGUCCACAACAAGCUGUUGACACUUCUUGCGCUCAUUUUAGAAUUUGGUGGCCUAAUUUGGUAUAGCUUGAGCUACAUACCUUUUGCAAGGACGAUGGUUUCGAAGGUUAUGGUAGCUUGUUUGGAUACUGAAUUUUAGGGGUAGUGCCUAUCAUCCUGGGUUCUUGUGACGUGACGUAGGCGCUCGACAUGGCUACAUACUCGCACGAGAAAGUGACAUUAUUGAACUUUGUUGUAUUAUGUGAUUUGUAGGCUUUGUUUCUAUGUACCUUUGCAUCUCUCUUACUCUCUCACUCAUACUAAUUGUUUAAUGCGAACGAGUCCAGCGUGUGCUUUAAACAAUAUUCUGAGCCUUGGCGAUGGUAUUUUCACUUGUUUCAUUCUAGUAGGGAAAGAGCUGGAGUUGGUUGCCUAACAUAUCAAACGAGUCAUAAAAUAGCAUCAAAUAUUUGUGGAAUUA